AUGGAUAAACUCGAUAGUAAUGAAAGUGAUGUAAUAUCUCGUAUAGAGUAUGCAUUUCCUAUUUUAAGUGGAAAGCUUCAGAAUGAAUGCAGAGAUGAAGAAUUUACCAAAAUAGUAAAUGAAAUAAAGGCAUUAAAUUUGACAUAUUUAGUCGAGGAUAUGGUCAUUUAUCAGAUAAAGUAUCAUAUGCGACAAAAUGUGACUCCCACAUUUUGGAAAAAAUUCACAUUUACUGUAGAUAAACAACUAGGUUUUGAACAAUUUAAAAGUGCAGUAGAUGGAUUAUAUGCACGUAUGACAGAAUUUUUACCAGUGUUAAAAAGAUUAGAAUAUCUUUUACAAGAAGGAACAGUUCAUUCUGCAGCAAGUGAGAGUGAUGUAUUAAGUCGAUUUAAAUUAAUUGUAAGAUCGACAUUACUAAGUCAGAUACCACUUCAUUACGAGCAUAUUGUAGAGCAGUUUUAUAAAAUUGCAUUUAAUGUAUUUAGUUGUACAGACAAUUCUACACAAGUAACAACAUCCAGUAGCAAUUAUCUACAGUGUAUAGGUUGUUAUCAGGAAGUGGAAAAAUGUCAUUGUCAACAGAUAGUAAUUAUGUUCCAUGAAACAAAUAGAAAGCUGAUUGAAUUGGAAUUAUUGGAAAGAUUAGCAGGAAAUGUUUUGACAUUGUUAAUACAUAUACAUAUCAAGAAUCAUGUAAAUCAAUCAUGUGAUAAAACAUUUGAUGUCUCACAGUUAGAAUCACUGGAAAAUUGGCUUGAAACAGUUGUCAUGAGUUGGUUAAUCAGAGUAUAUUCUGGUGGCUUCUCAAAAAUCAUUUCCUUAAGUGAACAAACUCGUAAUGCUAUAGAUAAAUUUAAACAAAAGUUGUCUCACUUUUUGUACGAAACAUAUACAAGAUUUAGAAUUGAACAGCUUUUUGAUAUUAUAAUAGAGUAUCCCGAUUCUCAACCAGCAAUAGAUGAUUUGCGUAUUUGUUUGGAACGAACUGAUCUGCGGAAAGCUUUAAUUGAUAGUUUACAAGAAGCUUUAACAACAAGAUUAUUGCAUCCAGGUGUAAAUACACCCGAUAUAUUAACAGCAUAUAUUGCAGCUAUACGAGCAUUAAAACAGUUAGAUCCUACAGGAGUUCUUCUUGAAACAAUAACAGAACCUAUUAAAGUUUAUUUGAGAACAAGAGAAGAUACUGUACGUUGUGUUGUGAGUGACUUACUUGAUGAUUCAUCAAGUGAUUUAGCAGAUGAAUUAGUUAAAGGUGAAACUCUACAGCUGGAUGAUUAUUCUGAUGAAGAAGAAAAUGAAGAUUGGAAUAAAUGGAUGCCUGAUCCUGUUGAUGCAGAUCCUGCAAAAUCAGCACAACGCAGAGUGUCAGACAUAAUCUCAAUGUUAGUGAGUGUAUAUGGGAGUCAGGAUUUAUUUGUAAAUGAAUAUCGUACGCUAUUGGCAGACAGAUUGUUAUCUCAAUUAAAUUACCAUACUGAACGAGAGAUUCGUCACUUAGAAUUAUUGAAAAGGCGUUUCGGAGAAAAUCAACUUCACUAUUGUGAAGUUAUGUUGAAAGAUGUGUAUGAUUCUAAGAGAAUAGAUGGACAUAUACAAUCCGAUAAUAAUUAUACUUUCGAGAAAGAGGAAUUUCCUACAUCUGCUUUGAUACUAUCAGCCCAAUUUUGGCCACCUUUUAAAGAGAACUGGAAAUUGGAGUUACCUAAAGUUGUGCAAAAUCAAUUAAAUAAAUAUGUAAAGGCAUUUGAAACCUUGAAAGGAAAUAGAACGCUUUGUUGGAAACCUCAUCUUGGGAACGUUACACUAGAAAUUGAAUUAAAGGACAGAAAGUUAGAUAUAAAUGUGACGCCAAUACAUGCUACGAUAAUUUUGCAUUUCCAAGACAAGAAAGAGUGGACGUUAGAAGAAUUAGCAGAAGUAAUGCAUGCUCCUGCAACUGUACUCAGAAGAAAAAUAACAUUCUGGGUCUCGCAGGGUAUUUUAAGAGAAAGUUCUAAUGAUGUUUUCACAUUACAAGAAGAAAGUUCCACAAAAAAUAGAUCUUUACCGGAUGUCGUUGAAGAAGAAGAAGUGGAAAGCGUGAUGGCAUCUGCAAGUGAUCAAAGAGAGGAAGAAUUACAAGUAUUUUGGUCCUACAUUGUUGGAAUGUUGACUAAUUUAGAUUCAAUGCCUUUGGAAAGAAUCCAUCAAAUGUUAAAAAUGUUUGCAUCUCAAGGUCCAGGAGCAAUGGAAUGUGGUUUACCUGAAUUAAGACAAUUUCUUGAUAGAAAAGUCAGAGAACAUCAAUUAUUAUUCUCUGGCGGUUUGUAUCGCUUACCGAAAACAUAAAAUUCAUUGCAUUGUUAUUAUGUGGU